AUGUCUCCUCAACCUCAAUCACAACCACAACCACAACCUCAGCUGAGACAACAGUAUCCUCAAUCCCAAAAAUUGUACAACCCUGCGUUACCUCCAAAUCUAAAUCAAGUUGUAGAAAGGUCCCCUGUUCAAAAUCAAAGUCCUUCCAACAAUAAUUAUAUCAACAAUAACAACAACAAUAUCAGUAGUAAUAUGAAUAACAACAUGAACAACAUGAACAACAAUGUGGACAUGAAAUCUCCAGUUAUCAACUAUAUGCCCCCUAAUGAUCAACAAAUUCUCAACUCUCAAAUUCUCAACUCUCCAGUAGCCAAUUCCCCAGCACCUCUUCCUCAAACAAUAAGUUCUCCAAUAGUUAACCCCCAAUCAAUUAAUCCUUCACUGAUCAACCCCCAAACACUUAACCAAAAUUUUGCUCCUGUCUUAAACUCCCCAACUCAACAGAAUCAAAUCCCAAAUUACGAUACCUUCACUCCAUGGACAAGAAUCAAAUUAUCUGGCUCUCCCUUUCCUCGUUACAGACACACUGCUUCAAACAUGAUCUCAGAUAAAGGCCACGUCUUCAUAAUGGGUGGUUUGAGAGAAGGCUCUGUCUUUGGCGAUAUUUGGGCUUUAACUUCAAACACCUUCUUUGCCCAAUCAAUUGAAAACUUUGAUGGUGUUCCUGCUCCAAGAGUAGGUCAUAACAGUUGCCUUUGUGGUAACGCCUUUAUUGUCUUUGGUGGUGAUACAACCCAAACUAACGAAGAAGGUGACUUGGACAACGAUUUGUAUCUCUUCAACAUCAAUUCCUUGAAAUGGACAAUUCCCAACCCAACUGGCAUAAGACCCUGUGGAAGAUAUGGUCAUACAAUUGGCGUUAUUGCAAAGACAAGCAAUCAGUCAAAACUAUUUCUUUUCGGUGGUCAAUUAGACUCUAAAAUCUUCAACGAUUUGUGGAUGUUCGACUUAAGCUCAUUCAGAAAACCAAACUCUCAUUGGGAAAUCAUCUCUCCUGCAAAUAAUGACCCAAAUGAUAUUCCUCCUCCACUAACAAACCAUACAAUGGUCAUAUUCGAUUACAAAUUGUUUGUUUUUGGUGGUUCUAAUGAUAGCUUCAUAUCCAAUGAUCUAUACAGCUAUGAUCCCACAACAAAUAUCUGGCAAAAACAUGUUUGCAAUGGUGACAUUCCUCCUCCAAUGGAAGAACACUCUGCUACAAUAAUUAAAAAUUUAAUGAUAGUAUAUGGUGGAAAGAGCCACAAUGAGGAAAUUCUUGGUGACUUUUAUAUUUUCAACUUUAAUAACUUGCAUUGGCAUAAAGUCGAUCCUUUUAGUCUUCAUCCAGGACUAAGAUGUGGUCAUACAAUUACCUCUUUGAUUAAUUAUAAAUUAAAAUCCUCAACUGCCUUGACAUCCAAUUCUUCCUCAUCUUUAAUAAAUCCAAACAAAUUCAAUAAUUUCACAGUUAAUCCUCAACAGAUUUCAGAAUUUGCAAUCUCAUCCAAUGUUAUAACCCCCUCGAGAAACAAAAUACUAAUCAUGGGUGGAGACCAGCUAGAUUAUGCUAGCUCUGAUCUUGACGAUUUCGAUCAAUUGAAUCACAACGCUAAGCUGGGCGUUUUAAUUUAUCUAUUUGAUCUAGAUCUUUAUAAUGAAUGGUUAAUAUACUAUAAAAACAUUAAUUUAUGGAAUGAUGAUCUCUUCCAAUUUUCUAAAACAUCAAAUCAAUCUUCUCAAUCUAUGCCUCCAAUAAACCCACAACUAACCCCUUCAAUAACUCAACCACAAAACCAACCCAUUCCUCUGGUUGAUGAUAAUAAUAAUAAUAAUAAUAAUAAUAAUAAUAAUAAUAAUAAUAAUAAUAAUAAUAUUGAUGGCUCUUAUAACUCUUUAGAAACCAAUACAACAACUAAUGGAAAAAGAACCAGAAGCUCAAGUAACGCUGAUACAAGAAGACGAUCAAAUUCAAAUAAUGGCUCAAUAUCAAGUAUCAAUAAAAACUUGCCAUUUACUCCUCUGCCUAUUGUUCCCAUUGAUAACAAUCAAGGGUCAUUUCUGAGUUUGCAAAACAACUUUUCUCCUAUAAAAGAAGAAACCGUUGAAAGCUUAUCAGUCACUCCUGCUCCUCAAGAAAACAUUUUAAACCUUGGAAGUAAAGAUUCACUUUCAAAUUUAAAUCCUUCCAACGCAUUGUCAAAAUCUAUAAGCAAAGCUUCCACAACUCCCGAUGAUGAUUUCCAAACUCCAUCUCAAAGUCCAAUUGUCAAUAACAUUGAGUCCAUGGAAAAACCCUCUUCAAUUGAAAAAUUGCCCUUAAAGGAAAAACAACCUGAAACACAAGACAUGCAGGAAGAUGAUCAAAUUAAUAAAGUAGAUGAUACCCAAAAAAUUUCCAAAGAGACUGUAGAUAGUCACAAGAGCGAAGAAAAAAUAAAGGAAAAUAAUAGAUCUCUAGAAAACUCACCUUUGGAAAAAAAUGGUUUAGAAGAACCUAAAUUCGAAGAAUUCAAAGUACCCUUCUCCAAGCCCUUUGAGAGUUAUGAUGGUGAUAAUUCAACUUUAAGCUCCAACUUAAGCACUUCAAAAGCAGAUAAUAGAAAUGAAUCUGAUUUUCUUGCAACAUAUCUCAGUGCUUCUUCUACUGAAAUGGUUGAAUCUUAUGGUUAUCAGUAUUCUUCAGAGCCACAUACAUCAAAAAACAAAUCCGGUUAUGGAACAUUAGUCCCAAGUCAUGAUUCAUUAGAACAUCUUGAAGCUUUCAAAGCACCAAACACUCCAGAGAGUGCUACAACUCCAAAAUUAGAAGAUGGGGGCUUUGAUAAACAUAUUAAUCAACCUCCAGUCCAGCUGCUUUUAGCUCCUAAGGAUAAUUUAUCGUUUUCUAAUUUAAAAAUUGAUACACCAGAAAGAUUUAGUGAUAUGUCUGAUAGUGAUGCAGAAGAUUUAACUUUACGUGGAAAAAAAUUAAAGGAAAUUGAAAUACCUAAAGAUCAAUCUCCAGCAAUAGAUACAUUAUCAAUUAACGAUAAUUUUGGAUCCAAUGACCACGAAUCAGCUAUAUCAGAGACAACAACACUUCAUAAUGUUGGAAGUACUUCAGGAGUAAGUGAUACUACUAUUCAAGAUGCUUCAAAACAAUUUGCUUCAAGGAAUAUAUUGCCCAUUACUCCUCCAUCUUCAACUACUACAGCGACGGGGAUAACUCAAUUCAAACCGAAAGAAAUUAUGGCUGAUUCUCCGAUUUCUCCAGAAGAAAAAAUGUUAUUUUAUAAAAAACAACAUUCAAAGGAAUUGUUAGAGUGCGAUAGAGAAAAUUUUAGAAAAAUUGUUGAAUCGUUACAAAGCGAAUUAAAUGAAUUGCAAGUUCAGAUGAAUGGACAAGCCAAGACGGCAAGUGACAAGAUAAGAAGCUUGGAAAAUGAAAAGCAGCUUUUAAUCAAAGAGCAUGAAAAAUCGUUAACUGAUAAAGAAAAUGAUUUCAAUCAGAAAAAGCAAAUUGAGAUUAAUGUGAUACAAAAUGAGCUAAGUUUAAAGGCUGAAAUAAUUAAUAAACUUGAAGAAUCGAAUUUAGACCAUAUUAAAUUUAAGAACAUUAAUGAAGUGGAUAGUUUAAAAGCGCUUGAAGAAUCAAAUAGCUUGAAAAGAAAUAAUUUGGAAUUGAAAAAUAAUUUGCUAAAGUUGGAAAACGAAAACGAAAACCUAAAGAAUAAAGUGUCGAAACUAGAACCAUUAGUUGCAAAUAACUUCUUAGAAUUACAAGAAAUGCAUGAACUAAUUAAAUUUCAAUUAGACCAAAGAGAGAUUGUUAAAAAUAAAUUGAAGGAUUAUGAUCAGUUAGUUGAGGAAUUAAAUCAAAUGAAAAUCAAAAAUGAAGCUUUAACCAAAGAACUUGAAGAAACAAGGACUACAAAGGAAAUCAAUUUGAAUGAAUAUGAUGAAAAAAUGACCGGUAUAGAUUGUAAACUUGAAAAUCUAAUCAAUUUAUGGAGCAUUAGAAAAAUUUCAAAUAAAAUUCCUAAAGAUAAGGAAUUGAAUGGAGAAGAAGGUCUGGUUGAAGAACCACUCAUGAGUGAAUCUGACAGUGUCGGUAAUGAUGAAAAACAAAGGUAUAUUGACUCAUUACAAGAACAAGUUGAGGAAUUAAUCAACAUAAAUAAAGAGAGAGAAGAAAGUGAUAUAAAGCUUGUUAAAGAGAUUCAAAGCUUAAAUGAUGAAAUUUCUAGAUUGAAAGAAGAAAAUUUGAAAAUCAAUCAUUACAAAAUUAUUGAAGAGAACUAUAAAGGUGCAUUAAAUUCGGCUAAAAUUUCAUCAAGAGCGUUAGACAUAUCACAAGCCGAAUUACAAAAACAAAAAGAAGCUAAUGCACAAUUAAAGAAAGAAUUGGAUACUAUGAGAUUGUCUAAAAUAAGAAGAAGUGGAUCAAGAACUAAUUCGCCACUUAUUAAUGGUUCUCGCUCGUCUAUAUCGAAUAAUGGUGAUAAAUUUGAAGAUAUUAAGGAAAUUGACAAUAGUGAAGAGGGAGAAGAUGAAGAUGAAGAUCUCAAAGACAUGCAUUACAAUAUGCAGAUAAGAGACUUGAAAGCUGAAUUGAUUAUUAUAAAACAAGAAAGAGAUCAAUUGAAGAACAAUAUUGUUGAUUUACAAAAGAAAUUUAUAAGCUCUAUGGAAGGUUAUUAA